CUCAUCUCAUUUCUCUCUGUUUCUAGUUUUACCAAUACAACAUUCCUUUGAUCAAAAUGACUGUUUUUCUUUCAAUUCUUUUCAUUUUAAUCUCAUCAGCAACUGCCUGUGAUCGAUGUUUGCACCAAUCCAAAGCCGCUUAUUUCUCUAAGGCCUCUCAACUUUCCUCUGGAGCUUGUGGGUAUGGUUCUAUGGCCAUUGGUUUUAACAGUGGAUACCUUGCUGCUGCUGUUCCUACUCUCUUUAAAAAUGGAGCUGGCUGUGGUGCCUGUUUUCAGAUAAGAUGCAAAGACAAAAAAGUAUGCAGCAGCAAAGGCACUACAGUGAUUGUAACUGAUCUCAAUCACAACAACCAAACAGAGUUUGUUCUUAGUAGCGGAGCUUUCAUGGCCAUGGCUAAUAAGGGUAUGGGCCAAAACAUUUUGAAACUUGGGAUUGUUGAUGUUGAAUAUAAAAGGGUGCCAUGUGACUACAAAAACAAGAAUUUGGCAGUGAGAGUUGAAGAAUCAAGCCAUAAACCAAAUUACUUGUCUAUCAAAGUUUUAUAUCAAGGUGGUCAAACUGAGAUAGUAGCAAUGGAUGUGGCCCAGGUUGGUUCAUCCAAUUGGGGUUACAUGAGCCGAAAUUACGGAGCAGUAUGGGACACAGACAGAGUUCCGGAAGGGGCGUUGCAAUUCCGGUUUGUGGUGACCGGAGGAUAUGAUGGAAAAUGGAUCUGGGCAAAGAGUGUUCUUCCUGCAGACUGGAAGGCAGGAGUUGUGUAUGACUCGGGAGUUCAAAUUACUGAUAUUGCUCAAGAGGGUUGUUCUCCAUGUGAUGAUAGUAUUUGGAAAUGAUCUUAAUUUCUGUCAUUAACAUACACUGAUUACUCUUCUUUUAGAUCCCUGGAUGUCACAAAAUAUAUAUGUAGGAUAGAGGCUUUGGUUGAUCACUGACGAAUAUAAUAAAAUUGAAAUUGAAAGUUCUAUAUACAAA